AUGGCGGGUGCAUUUUCAGAGUGGCGCAAGCUCCCGAUAGGCCUGAGCGAGAUUUGUAUUAAUACAACGUUGCGCUGUGGUCAAUCUUUCAGAUGGCAACAUCUCCCCGAAAGCGAAGAAUGGCGUUGUGUGCUUCAUGGCAAGCUGCUAUCUCUGAAACAAGACACAUCCAAUCUCUAUUACCGCGAUUACCGAUCACCAGCCUUAGCCUCUCUCCCAACCCCGCCGACUUCUGAACAUCCAUCCCGAGCGCAAUCCGACACAGAGCCAAUUGACAACAAGGCGCAUGCACACAGCUCGCAAGAUGACCUUGUUCUCCAAAUUAUAAGACACUACCUCAACCUUUCGCCAAAUCUAUCCAACCUCUAUACCCAAUGGUCCGCUCAAGAUCCCAAUUUCAAGAAAAAGGCAGCCCAAUUCUCUGGAAUUCGGAUAUUGCGACAGGAUGCCUGGGAAGCCCUGGUGUCGUUCAUUUGCAGCAGCAACAACAAUAUUUCCCGGAUCUCGCAAAUGGUCGAGAAACUAUGUCUUCAUUAUGGGCCAUUUAUUGCCAAGGUCGGCGACCGCUCAUACCAUGAUUUCCCAACGCCAGAGGCUUUGGCGGGCAAGGACGUGGAGAGCAAUCUACGCAGUCUAGGCUUUGGGUAUCGGGCAAGAUACAUUUACCACACUGCCGUCAUGGUCUCUCAAGAACGAGAGAAAGGGUGGUUGGAUAGUCUCUGCAACCCCGAGUCACCAGCAUUCGGAGUGGAAGCAAAGCCUGGCGAUGAGAUGAAGCCUGAAGGAAGGCAGGGCUACCGCGAUGCUCACGAGAGCCUUCUUGAACUACAGGGUGUUGGGCCAAAGGUAGCCGACUGUGUUUGCUUGAUGGGUCUCGGAUGGGGCGAAUCCGUACCCGUUGAUACCCAUGUAUGGCAAAUCGCACAGCGUGACUACCGUUUCGGUAAAAGCUCCCAUAAGUCACUUACCAAAGCGACCUAUGAUGCUGUUGCCAACCACUUCCGCAAGCUCUGGGGUCAGGAAGCAGGGUGGGCGCAUAGUGUGCUGUUUACCGCAGACCUGCGGUCGUUUGCAGAUCGACUUGCAGCAACGAAAAAGGUCGAUGUGUCAGUGAAAGAGGAGGCUUCGGAGAUUGAAAUCAAGACUGAGGUGACAGCUGCUGUGUCAUUGGCGGCGCCUAAAGAAGAAGCCGUGGAUAUUAAGACUGAGCACUUGGAGAUCAAGCCUGCUACGAAGACGGCCAGAGGCAAGAAACGAAAAGAGUCAACAGAAGGUGUUGUGUAUGCAUCUCAGACGACAGAAACCCGGAGGGUAUCCAAGCGACUGCGUCGGUAG